CCUAUCGCACCGCUCCGUCUCGCCAGUCGAUGAGGAGACGUCUCGGGCCCAUCAGUGGUAGCGUACCACCGAAUGAGGCGUCCCACUCGAUCGGCUUCGAUUCGUCAGAGGCCGAUUCAGAUCGAGUGAUCAAGAAGGAGGUUCGAUCGCAAGAAGGCGGAAGACGCGACUAUGAGAUCGCUAGUGAUGAGCUCCUGUUUUUGCCACGGCAGGGCUAUGAAGCAGCCAGGAAUAGACAGGUCGCCUGUCGUCGAGACCAGAAGCGAUAUAUGUCAGUGCGCCAA